AUGGCCAAACAGGCCAAAAUACUUGAAAGAUUAAUUAGGAAAGAGAAGGAGUCGAAAGAAAAAGAAGAAAAAGAAAGAUUGGCCAAAAUAGAAAAAGAAAAAAAGAAGAUUGAAGACAGCACCAACACCACAAGCGCCAAUAGUGAAAGUGCCGGGUCAGUGUUCGAAAGUGCCGCGCAAAGCUCGGGAAGUUCUACUGUUCAGGUGAGCAUAAAGCCUAAACCCCAACCCGCUACCGAUAAACAAACAGGACGAGACUAUACAAAGACACAAACAACAAUACAGAAAACAAAUGACAUUAUGAAAACUAUAAAACAACUAAUAAAAGAGGCCGUAACGAGAACAACGCCGGAAGGCAGGGGUAAAAUUGCUUUCUCACAACGCGAACAAAGGACCGUCCUAAAUGGACUCGAUGACAUAUCAAACUUAUACACAGACUUACUAACCCUACUUUUAAUCCAGGAAACAGAAAUUAACAAGCUUCAGAACGAGAAUAAAUCACUGAAAGAAAAAAGACCAAAGACGGACGACACAGACGAAAUAUUAAAAAACCUCCAUUCCGAAAUUCUAAAAAUAACGAAAACAAACAACAUAAGUGAACACACAAAACCCACGACAAAUACAACCCCACUCGCACAAACUCUACCCACACAAACCCCACUCGGACAAAACAUAAACACAGAUUUCCCUCCGCUAGGACAAAGAACAUAUGCACAACUGACAAAACGGACAGUAACAAAAGACAAUACAAAAGAACAAAAACAAUGGACCACCCCGGAACCGAUUAAAAAGUUCGACACAAUAAUAAAAAUGAAAGAAGGGGAAACAGGAAACACACUAACGGAACUGAAAAAACUAAUAAAACCAAAAGACAUUGAAGGCACGACAAUACGACAUACAAGAACAGCGAUAGUACUUACAUCAGAAAGUAAAGACAAACAAAACGAAAUCAUAAAACGCACACAAACAUCUACAACAUUAGACAUAAAAGACGGGACCAGACAAAACGAACCAACGGCAAUACUGACAGGACUAAGAAAGGGAAUGACACACGACGAACUAACAGACGCACUAAAAAUGGAAAACGACGACCUAGAUAGACUAUUUGGAGACAGACUUAAACUAACGACAACUGUAUCGACCAGACCAUGUAGAAACCCCUACAAAGAGAACGUAUACAUAAAAGGACCUAGUGACAUUAUUAAACACCUGCUAAAAUCCGGAAAAGUUUAUGUUGACUUCCAGACGAUAUACAUAAACGAAGCGACACAAGUGGCACUUUGUUUCCGAUGCUGCAGAUACGGACACGUCUCCAAAUACUGCCGCGAAACGACACCGACAUGCUACAAGUGUGGAGACGGACAUGACGGCAACGCCUGCGACAAGGACAAUUAUAACUGCAUAAACUGUGAACGACUGAGACUACAACCACGAGGACACCAAGCACGAGACCCUAACUUCCCAAUAUACGGCAAAAAAAUGGACGAAGCGCGGGCACAAACAGUAUAUAGAUAG